AUGAAGUAUCUGAUGGCACCUUUGGAGGAGUUGGCCAACAUCUCCUGUUUGCUUCAGCUGCAGUGCAGCAUGUUGCAGGCCUCUUCUCUGCCCACACGGGCACACAGCGGGGAAUGGUGGCACGGGCACGUGUCGGCACAACACUCCCACAACUGCUACGAUCGUGCUGCCGGCCCGCAGCCUCCCCGCGGGCUGCGGUGCACCGAGUCCCCCCGCUCGACCUCAGGGUCCUACGCCGGCACCCGCGGGACCGCCCCGACACGGCUCGUGCUGCCGGCUGGACGCAGUCUCCUGCCCGGCCCGGCGGGGCGGCCCGGCGGGCGGGGCGAGAGGCGGGCGCGCCCGACCGUAACGGGGGAGGGAGGGAGCGGCGCCCGCGUGAGGAGCUACCCGGCUGCCGCCACCUCGGCCUCCGCAGCGCCCGUCGGGAGGCGGCCGGGCAGCGCCGCCGCCGAGCCCCCUGCUCCGCCCCGCCGCCCUCUCGUCCUCGUCCCGCUGAGCGCCAUGGCGGCCGCGGCCGCCGAGCCCAGCAGUGGCCGGUACCAGCAGCUGCAGAAUGAAGAGGAGCCAGGUGAGACUGCACCAGUGGUGAAUGAUGCCCCUCCUCCUUACAGCAGCAUUUCUGCCGAGAGUACAGCUUAUUUUGACUACAAGGAUGAGUCAGGAUUUCCUAAGCCUCCAUCUUACAACGUGGCCACAACACUGCCUAGUUAUGAUGAGGCAGAGAGAACCAAGGCUGAGGCCACGAUUCCCUUGGUUCCUGGCAGGGAUGAUGACUUUGUGACACGGGAUGAUUUUGAUGACACUGACCAGCUGAGGAUAGGAAAUGAUGGCAUUUUCAUGCUAACUUUCUUCAUGGCAUUCCUCUUCAACUGGAUUGGAUUUUUCCUGUCUUUCUGUCUGACUACUUCAGCUGCAGGACGAUAUGGGGCCAUUUCUGGGUUUGGUCUGUCUCUUAUUAAGUGGAUCCUUAUUGUCAGGUUCUCCACCUAUUUUCCUGGUUACUUUGAUGGGCAAUAUUGGCUGUGGUGGGUCUUCCUUGUACUAGGUUUUCUGCUGUUUCUCAGAGGAUUUAUUAAUUAUGCAAAGGUUAGGAAGAUGCCAGAUACUUUCUCCACUCUCUCCAGAACCAGAGUUCUCUUUAUUUACUAAAGAUGGUUUCUGGCAAAUGUCUUCCUGCAUUAGUGAAUUCUCCCUCAAGAAGCAACAGGACACCUGCAGGAAGUGAAUCAAGACCCUGGAGAAGAAGAAAAAAUAGUCACCUGCUUUAAAAGAAAUAAAUAAACAAACGUACUGUUGGAAAAAAACCAAGAGAAGCAUUUCUUUCUAUUUGUUUCUAGGUGUAAAAUUUUAAUAAUGCAGACUUCUGUAAUCAUUGAAUCAUUAGUGGCUAAUGUUUGAAAAAGCUGUUGCAGUUGAGUCUGUGGUGUGCUCGUAAAGCCUUUUCUAGAUAGUCUCUGUAGCCAAGUCGGUAGCCCGAGCCAGUCCCCAGAGCCGGCAGGGGCCAGGCUUGCUUUGUCUCCUGGCCAAGGAGCAGGCCUGGGCUCUGCCCCUGCCUGGGCAGCCUGGGGAUGUUGAUCUGGCGGUGAUCUGCGGUUACUGUGGGAGGCCGUGGUUACUCACCCUUCCUCUGCCCAAACCCAGCCAGGAUUAAACUGGGACUGAAUGGAAACGUGGGACGGAUUCGUGAGGUGUCAUUGGGGGAGAGUAUUGUUUUGAAGGUGGCACAAGUAUUAAGUUUUUAAUAGUCUAUCUUCUCAAUGUUGUAGUAUAUUUUACUUUCAUACUACCUACUUUUUGGACUGUAGGGACUGUCACGGUACACAUUGGUAGUGUAAAAAUAAAAGAUCACGUUGCAACUUUGUAUAAAAAAGUACCUUCCAGAACAAAGGCCUUUUUUUUGUUUUUUUCCUUUGGCUUGGGACUUUUGAGAUAAUUCCUAACAUACCUGUAAUUCUUGCUUUUAUAAUUUGUGUUAGCAGAGACUAUGAUGCGUUAUACAUGUAGAUUGAAUGUGCACUCUUGUGCUUCCUGCCAAGUGGUAAUUCACUUCGGAGUUUUACUAUGUUAAAACUGUAAAUAGAGCAGAACAUUAAUAAAUGUCACUUAUGUAGCAA